UUGUUUUGCAGUUAUGUUGGCCCGUCUGCAUUUGAGGAACCCGAAGAGCCCGACUCUCGACCUAAUUUCGACGUUGCGCCUCAGGCUGCUGUGACUGCUCAAGGGGCGCCAGUACGCUUUCUUGUUCGUAUCAGUGGAAAGCCAACGCCCGAGGUGACAUGGCUUCUGAACGAGGAGCCCAUCAUCCCGGACUCUAUGACGAAGAUAUACGGCGACGGAGCCAUCAACUACCUUGAGAUUGGGCGCUGCAUGCAUGAAGUGGGAGCGAAUAAGCUUCGUGUGGUCGCCAGAAAUGCUCUCGGUGAAGCCAGUGCCGAGACCGUUCUGACCGUUGCGAACAGUGAUCAAGCUCGACCCGAUCUAAAACACGUGGCACCAGGGCAGCCGAAUUCGUCCUCUAAAUCAGAAAUUUUGGUCGAGCCCAGUCAGCAUGUCGAUCUUUUGCAGGCUUUAUCAUCAUAUCGCCAAAUGGCUGACAAAAAGUCGGUUGCUAUGUUUUCGGGCCAUGAAGCUGACGGACUCGAGUGGUAA